AUGCUCAACGCGGCCUUGGCUUAUCCUGGUAUGGGCAAGCAGUUAGCAGAAAUUAAAGCCAGACAAAGCGAUGCUGAUGAGUCGGACUCCACCGAGCUCAUUGGUGACCUCCUUACACUACAAGAUGCCGAUCUUAGCACUGUCGGCAAGAAUGUCAAAGAACUCCUCCUUGGCGGAGGGAACCCUGAGAGCUCCGAGACCUAUCGUGGUGUGCCAGCCUUGAAGAGUGCUGCUUGUGCUAAGGAUACGUGCUGUGUCUGGAAAUACAUUGCAGACGAUAUGGCCCAGCUAUUUAGAGGCUCUUCUGGUCGUUGUACAAAAUGGGCUCGCGCCGCUGUCCGUCUGGGCUUCCACGAUGCUGGCGGCUGGUCAAAGCAAACUGCUGCUCAAGGGCUACCAGGAGGUGCUGAUGGCUCUAUAUGUCUCAACGAUGAGUUGACACUGCCGGAGAACCAGGGACUGCAAGACAUCGGAGCUAAAAUGAAGGAAUGGUACGCAAAGUGGCACGACCAGCAGGGCUUCAGCACCGUCACCAUGUCAGAUCUCAUCCAGAUGAGUGCUAAUGUGGCAACUGUGGUUUGUCCGUUAGGACCUCGGGUCCGCUCCUUUGUUGGCCGCAAGGACAGCUCGGUCCAGAAUCCUCGACUGCUUCCAAGCCCCUUCCAGGAAGCGGAUGCCCUUAUUCAGCUCUUUGAGGAUAAGACUAUAAGCCCGCAUGGGCUAGUAGCUCUGCUAGGCGCACACACAACGAGCCAGCAGUUUUUCGUCAACACCAGCCGGGCAGGGGACCCCCAAGAUAGCACCCCCGGUGUUUGGGAUGUUUUAUUCUAUGGCCAGACUCUGGGAACGGCCCCCACUCCCCAGCGUGUUUUCAUGUUCCCCAGUGAUGUGUCCUUGUCACAACAUCCCUCAACAAAGCCUGAGUUUCAAGCAUUUGCAGGAUCUGGCGGACAGCAACACUGGAACGAAGACUACGCCCGCGAGUAUAUUCGUCUCAGCUUACUGGGUGUCAACAACAUCAACAACCUGACUGAGUGCACCAAGGUCCUUCCCUCAGCGAUCACGCGCUAUUCUGCACCUGACCAAAGAAACAUGGACAAGUGGCUCAACAGCUUGGGCUCCCAGUCCCCGCUUGCCAAGAAGCUUUCCGAUGCAAUCAACAACGGAGAAAGCAUUCUUUCCAACCUGAUUCUCACAAUCCUUGGCUUCAUCUUUUAA